AUGGAAAAUGAAAUCAACCAAUACAAAAACGAAGGAAAACAAUACAAAGACGAAAUAUCUAAUCUUAAUAACAAAUUUAAUCAAAUUCAAACAGAAAAUACAAGAUACAAAGACGAAAUAUAUAAUCUUAAUAACAAAAACAGUCAAUUAAAUCAAUCUAUCAAUGAAUUUGCAAAAAUAUGUGAAAUUCCGUUGAAUUCAAAUGAUUUUGAUUCAGUUUACAAUUUCCUUGAAGAACUUUCAGAUAAAGAUGAUAAACUGAAGAUGUCUAUUUCAUGUGCAGUUGGAUUAAGUGAAAAGAGAGAUUCUGAUCAAAAUACUCCACUUAUUAUGGCAUGUGUUAAUGGAGAUCUUCAAUUAACAAAAUCUCUUAUUGAAGGAGGUUGUGAUAGAAAUGCAAUUAGUAAAUUCGGAAACAAUUGUUUAAUUGAAGCAUCUGCAAAUGUACAUUUUGAAAUUGUAAAAUAUUUAAUUGGAGUUGGUUUUGAUAAAAAUUGGCGAAAUAAAGAUGGAUUUAAUGCAAUUCUUUGUGCAUCAUCAUACGGUCAUCUUGAAACAGUUAAAUAUUUGAUAAGUAUUGGUUGUGAUGCAAACUCUAAACAAAAAGAUAAUGCAAAUUGUAUUUACAUUGCAUCAUGGAAUGGUCGUCUUGAAACAGUUAAAUAUCUUGUUUCAGUUGGAGGAAAUCCAGAUGAGAAAGAUAAUGAUGGAUUCUCUCCAUUAAUUAUUGCAUCGUCUAAUGGUCGUCUUGAAGUAGUUAAAUAUUUGAUUCAAAUAGGAUGCAAUAAAAAUGCUAAAACAAAUUAUAAUAGUUCUUCACUUCAUUGGGCAUCAAAGGAAGGUCAUUUUGAAGUUGUUGAAUAUUUAGUUUCAAUCCGUGUAAAUCUGAAUGACAAAGACAAUGAUGGAAAAACUGCACUUGAUUAUGCGAAAGAGAAACAAAACGAGAAUGAAAACUAUAAGAAGAUCAUGAAUCUUCUUCUUAGAUCAGGUGCAAAAUAA